ACAACGGCUGUCACUCAUGGCUUUUUAACUAAUCAUCGAUAAUCAAUAGCAAAUAUUUUUGAAUUGCGAUUUAACAAAUAAAUAGCGAUCUAGAUUUGCUAUAUUAUAUGACAAUAAUUAAAGGGAACAUUUGAUUAUAAAAUAUUGACGUUACAACAAAGUAAAUUAUGAAUUCACGAUUUAAAUUUGUGCAAAGCGUGAACCCACAGCCGAUUCCAACAAACACAAUUAGACCAAAAUUCAGUAAGCUGACAUUGGCAACGACAAAAUUUGUGGCAGUUGAAUCGAUCAAUACACAAAAAGAUAGUAACAUUCAAUCUACACAAAAAGUUACAUGUACUACAACAACAAGAACCACAAUGACGAAUGUAUUAAACGAUCCACCCGUUGAAGAUGACAAUGAAGAAUUAUCAUGCGCACAGAAACCAAAAAUUCUGCUCUAUGAUUCCACGCAGGAAGAUAAUCAAUCCGAUAUUUUAACGGAUGAUGACACUGAUUCAGUGGGUAGUUCAAUUGAUAGCAAAGAGAUUGAAGAGGACUUGAAAGAAAUUUCACAGCCAACGACACAAGGCACUGUCGCCAAAAUUGAUAAUCUAGAGACCCAAAUGCAGAAUUUGAGCUUUUUACCACCAUCCAACUCAGGUAAUUUGAGUAUUAAAAGCGAUGAAAAUCUUCAGAAUAUGUCACGACAAUUUGAUCAACUUGAUUUGCAACACGACAAUGCGAACAAAGAUACCGAGGAGAAAAACACAAAAGAUGACAAUAGUUUGCUAUCUGGUUCAGUUCAAACAUUGAGUAGCACUGACACAUUGGAACAAGAACCGAUUUCAUUCGAACAAAGUCAAGAGAAAAAUGCAUCCGACGAUGUGAUUGUUCUUUCGGAUACGGAUUGCGAAGAUAAUGGAAGUCAAAAUGAACCAUCAAAACGGAACAUUUCACAAGAACCACCAUUAAAACCAACUUCUGCAAGUAGCAACAACGGUAUCUUGUACAAUAUAUCGUCCAUUGAUAGUUCAGCGAUGGAAAAAGUAAAUCAAUUCUUCAAUGAGGCACCAUUUAUUCCGCCCACCGACAGUUCAUUUUCUUCAAGUCACACCUCGAAAUCAACGCAGGAAGAUGUUUUUGUACCCGAAACAACGGAUGAAGAAAGCAUUGAUGAUGAGGUCAUUGAGUCAAGCAUUGUUGGCAAUGAUGCUGUUGGUUACAAUGACGGCGAAAAUGAACAAAAUGAACGAAAAGAACCUGACCGCAAAGAGCAAAUCAACGAAAAUACUGAUCAAAACAAAUUCAAUUUCUCUGAUAAUAAUAUUGUUUUUGACAUUCCGGUAAUCAAAAGUACAAGCGAUCAGCCAAAACAAUUGAUUCGGUCGCAAAGUGGUGGAGUUCGUCUAACCGCCUCACGUUCGUCACCAAUAAUCAAAACUACAAUUGAUUCUGAUUGCAUUAAGCGAACAUCAAGCAAUGUCAUUCUUAAAACACCCACUUCAAUCAGAGUUAAUUCGGCCAACGGACAAUCAAUUAAUAUUGCAGCGAAAAUUAACAUCAACUUUGACAUUCAAAUCGUAGAAGAUUCGAGUGAGGAAUCUAGUGAGGACAACAAACCACCAAGAAAAUCGGAAGCAAUUCAAUCGAGUGAAGACUGCCAACGCAACUCAGAUGGCUACCAAAGUGCCAACUCAAAUCACACAGAUGACAGCAGCGCAAAACUUACAUCAUCGAAAAGCCCAAAGAGAGAUUUGAAAAAUGCAAAAACACCACCCAGAAAUAGUAGAGUUGAUGAUGUGAACACUCAAACGAAGACUCCAACAACAGCAAGCAAAAUUAAACAAUUUGCAUUCGUGCCCCCAAAGAGCAUGACGAAGUACAAGAAAACCGAUAGAUCCGAAGCAAAUCAAAACACUAAAUCUGAACGCAUGAACAAAUCAAUUGAUUCCGAAAAAUCUGAAAUGGAUGACGGCUUUCAAGUUGAUAAAAAUAUUCCAAUAAAUGCACGCGAUCAAAAGUUAUUGCAUAAGGUUUAUGGUAAUGCAUGGAAAACACCAGAAGUCAUUCGAAGCUAUUCUUCUGUGAAGGGAAAACCCGAUGAGAGAACAGCAGUAAAUACAACUCCUUCUGUAUUCAAAGACAGUCGACAAAGCAAAGGAUUUGAUCUUUUUAAACAAAAGAUUAAAACAAACUUAAAUUCAACUCGAUUUGACGACCACGCUGAAAUCAGUAACAUCGAAACUCCAGAGCGGAUAAAGAGAGUGAUGAAGUCAAAAACAGAUACACCACGACCAAAGUUAAAACCAUCAGUCAGCGCUAAAAAGACUGAAAUAGAGCCCUCGCCGUCUGUUCUUACAAAAAAAAAGCCAUCACCAAAAUCGACAAAGAAAAAAUCAGCUAUUAAAUCAGUUGCUGCUGAUGAUCAUGAGGAGAUGUCGAUUAUAACGCCACGACCGCGCAGAAAUGUUGUUCGAAAGCCCAUUUUCGAUUCAGAAGAUGAAAGCAACAAAGAAAAUGAAACAGAUUAUAGCAGCGACGAUUUUUCUGACACAAACUAUCUAACCAACGACGACACCGAUGACAGCAAUGCAGAAACGGAGAGUAUUCCGAAGCCAAGAAGCGUGCGUGGUAAAAAUGGAACUGGUGUGAGUGCUACAAAGCGCCCAGAAAAGAAGACUUCAAAAAAUGACUUGAUAUACUUGGAUCUGUCGUCAGAAGAAGUAGCAACAGUCGACGAAAACUAUCAUAACGUACCAGAAGACGAUUUGGCUAAUAUUACAAGAAAAUUCCUUGAGACUGACCUGAAUGAUGAAGAAAAACCGAAGAAAAAGAUUGGACGAAAACUCUUCACUCAUAACUACGAUGACAUUGACGAGGAACCAACCAUUGAAAGUGAACCGAGAUCCAUCAGAAAGAAACCCCUUGAAGAACCUAGUUUGAAUAUUGAAAUUCCAAGAUUCACACACAAAUUAUUUGAUUCAAAGACAUUUGGUUCGCCGUCAAUAAACAAAACACCGAAAACGGAUUUGAAAAAAGACGAACCCAAAACUCCCGUAUCAUCUAAGAUUUUUGCUCCAAAAACUCCACUUAGUAGCGCACGGUCAAAACUCAACAGUCCACCGAAAACAUUUGAAACUUACGGAUUUUUAAAAUCAUUGGACGUUCAAUCAUCAAUGUUUUUAUGCCAUCCCGAUGCCAAAAAAUAUCGCGAAAAUUUCAAACCUCAUAAAGAAGAAUUGACAAAUAUUUUGUACAAAAUGUACAACGAAAAAGUAUUUGAUAGCAAAUUGAAUGUUGAUAUUCAAUGGAAUAAAAAACUCACAACGACUGCAGGCCGUUUUCACGGUCGUACAAAGUCAGUCAAAGUCACUGGAAAGAAUCAUCACAUUGAACUCAGUGAAAAAGUGCUGACAAGCGCAGAUCGAUUACGUUGUACACUCAUUCAUGAGAUGUGCCAUGCGGCCACUUGGAUUUUCAACGGAGAAAAGGGGCACGGAAUUCGAUGGAAAUCAUGGGCAAAGAAAGCAAAUUACGUUUUUCCCGAGCUUCCAACAAUAUCAGUUUGUCAUAAUUACGACAUUGAAUACAAAUAUACAUAUAAAUGUGAUAUGUGCCACAGCAAGUCGUACUCACAUUCGAAAUCAAAAAAGGUUGAGAACAUCCGAUGCAGCUAUUGCCACGGAAUGAUCAGUAUUUUCUUAAACAAGAAAAAGGACGGCCAAACUAUAAUGGAACCAGUUCGAGAAGCAAAUGGAUUUGCAAAGUUCGUUAAAGAAAAAUAUAAGGACUUUAAGAAGCCGGGUGUUAAACAUGCAGAUGUCAUGCGUCAAAUUAGCUCUCUAUAUUCCACACUUUCACAAGAAGAGAAGAAACAAUACUGACGAAUCGGUUCCACCGAAUUACAAAUUGUGAUACUGCUUUUAUUAGUAGUUUAUUUCUUAUGUUGCAAUUGAAAAAAAAAACAUGUUUUUACCUAUGACAAAUAUAUGCAAUCAAUAAACGAAGAC